GACUCACGGCUUCCUGCGGCCAAUCCCACGGGCGGGUUCCGAGGCCGGCCCGGAGGGCGGGCGCAAGGCUGGGCCGCGCCACGCGGGGCGGCACACUGGCAGCCGCUUCCUUUUUCUAGCGCACUCGCUCGUCGGCUGCUGCUGCUGCGGGCGCGAAAGGGAGCCCGGCUCGCUGAAGAGGGAGAGAUCCUUCUCACCACGGUGGAGAUGGCCCUAAACAAUCUGACGCUGAAGGCUGCAUCGCUUUAUGAUGAGUGGAUUAAAGAUGCUGAUCCACGAGUCGAUGGCUACCCGCUUAUGGCCUCACCUUUUCCACAGACACUUAUUCUUGGAGCAUAUAUCUAUUUUGUCACCAACCUGGGACCAAAGUUCAUGGAGAACAGGAAACCUUUUGAUUUGAGGCAAUUGAUGGUUUUUUACAACUUCAUUGUAGUGGCUCUUUCAAUUUAUAUGACUUAUGAAUUCCUUAUGUCUGGCUGGGCUACAGGCUAUACCUAUCGCUGUGACAUAGUUGAUUACUCCAGGUCACCUAUGGCUCUAAGGAUGGUUCGUGCCUGCUACUUGUAUUAUUUCUCGAAAUUCAUUGAAUUGCUAGACACGAUCUUCUUUGUGCUCCGAAAGAAGAAUGCCCAAAUUACGUUUCUCCAUGUAUUCCAUCACACAAUCAUGCCUUGGACCUGGUGGUUUGGAGUCAAAUUUGCUCCAGGUGGCUUGGGAACAUUCCAUGGUAUGUUGAACUGUGUUGUGCAUGUGAUCAUGUACACCUACUAUGGACUCUGUUGCUUGGGACCAGCUUACCACAAAUACUUGUGGUGGAAGAAGCAUCUGACGACUAUACAACUGAUCCAGUUCAUUAUGGUUACCGUCCAUAUAGGACAAAUCUACUUUAUGGAUCAUUGCCCAUACCAGUAUCCAAUCUUUAUGUUCAUCAUCUGGCUCUAUGGCACUUUGUUUUUAAUUCUGUUCAUGCACUUUUGGUACCAUGCUUACACCAGAGGCAAAAGACCCCCCAAGACAUUACAAAACGGCAUUACCAGAAACAAAACUGAAUGAAAGAUUCUGCCACGAAACAUGAUUGAAUGUUUUGACUUGACAAUCAAGAUGCAUAGGUGCACAGCACACACUUGUUUUAUACGUGGUUUUCCAAAACAAAACAAAAAACCUUUUAUUUUUACUAUAAAUUAUUUGGGAUAUAAUCUUUAUGUGGGAGGGAGGGUUAAUCUAAUGAUUAAGAAGAGGCACUGACCUGAAAUUUUCAGCACCAAUGUACAUAUUUUUAAAAAAUGUAUGAAAUAAGUUAAUACUGAGUUGCACUCUUGGAGAUGCAUAUGAAUAUUCAUUAUGGAAAUGAAGUGUGCCUGAUAAGUAUACAAAAGUACUUUGAACACUGACAAAGAUACAAUUGUUUUGGGCUGGUGUUGUAAAUUACUAAGGUCUAAAGGCUACUCAAUGAAAUGGAAUUCAGCUUAUCAACUAUAGACCUCAUUGUCAAAUACAGCUACUGUAAACAUUAAUGUAUUUUAUAAAACUGUACCAUAUGAAAUACUAUGA